AUGGAAGAACAGCAGCCGGAACCUAAAAGUCAGCGCGACUCGGGCCUCGGCGCGGCGGCGGCGGCGGCGGCCCCGGGCGGCCUCAGCCUGAGCCUCAGUCCCGGCGCCAGCGGCAGCAGCGGCAGCGAUGGAGACAGCGUACCCGUGUCCCCGCAGCCCGCGCCCCCCUCUCCUCCCGCGGCACCCUGCCUGCCACCCCUGGCCCACCACCCACACCUCCCCCCGCACCCGCCUCCGCCGCCGCCGCAGCAGCAACAUCUCGCGGCGGCUGCUCUGCAACCGCAGCCCGCGGCCCAGCUGCACCGCACCACCAACUUUUUCAUCGACAACAUCCUGAGGCCGGACUUCGGCUGCAAAAAGGAGCAGCCGCCACCGCAGCUUCUGGUGGCGGCGGCGUCCAGAGGAGGCGCAGGAGGAGGAGGCCGGGUUGAGCGUGACAGAGGCCAGACUGGAGCAGGUAGAGAUCCUGUUCACCCGUUGGGCGCGCGGGCGCCAGGUGCCGCCUCGCUCCUAUGCGCCCCGGACGCGAACUGUGGCCCACCCGACGGCUCCCAGCCAGCCGCCGGCGCGGGAGCGGGCGCGUCCAAAGCCGGGAACCCGGCUGCGACGGCGGCGGCGGCUGCGGCGGCUGCAGCGGCCGUGGCAGCGGCGGCGGCAGCAGCGGCGGCCAAGCCCUCGGACAGCAGCGGCGGCGGUGGAGGUGGCGCGGGGAGCCCCGGCGCUCAGGGCGCCAAGUACCCGGAGCACGGCAACCCCGCCAUCCUACUUAUGGGAUCAGCCAACGGCGGGCCCGUGGUCAAAACUGACUCACAGCAGCCCCUCGUAUGGCCCGCCUGGGUCUACUGCACUCGCUAUUCGGAUCGUCCGUCCUCUGGUCCGCGCACCAGGAAGCUGAAGAAGAAGAAGAACGAGAAGGAGGACAAGCGGCCGCGGACAGCGUUCACGGCCGAGCAGCUGCAGAGACUCAAGGCGGAGUUCCAGGCCAACCGCUACAUCACCGAGCAGCGGCGGCAGACCCUGGCCCAGGAGCUCAGCCUCAACGAGUCCCAGAUCAAGAUCUGGUUCCAGAACAAGCGCGCCAAGAUCAAGAAAGCCACAGGCAUUAAGAACGGCCUGGCGCUGCAUCUCAUGGCCCAGGGACUGUACAACCACUCCACCACCACGGUCCAGGACAAAGACGAGAGCGAGUAGCUGCCGCCGGCCGGGGCCGCACCCGCGCCCCUCCGUGCCCCGCCGCUGCCGCCUCGCCAGCCCCGCGCCGGGGGAGAAACGAUCAGCGCGAAGGAGGGAGGGAGCCGCGGGGAAAAGAGAGAGACGCAGAGAGGGAUCUUCAGAAUGAACAGACACGUUCAGGCUAAACAUCUUUGAGAAGGGAGAAAGACUCGGACAGGUGCUAUCAGGAAAAUAAGAUCUAUUGUCUAUUUACAAUACAAGGGACAAAACUUCGAACUCCUUAAAGCUCUAUCUAGCCAAACCGCUUACGACCUUGUAUAUAUUUAAUUUCAGGUAAGGAAAACAAAUAUGUGUAGCGAUCUCUAUUGCUGGACAUUUUUAUUAAUCUCCUUUAUUAUUAUUGUUAUAAUUAUUAUAAUUAUUAUAAUUAUUUUAUCCCCCACCCCUCCUCGCUGUCCCCGGCCCAGUUUCGUUUUCGUUGCCUUUUUGUUUUGAACGUUAUUGCUUCUCCAGCGCCUCCCGCCCCGCAUCGCUGGCCCUCGUUUCUCUGGGACUUUUCUUUGUGUGCGUGAGAGCGUGUUUCCUCGCGUGUCUGCCUUCCGCCUCUCCCCCACCUCCCAGGACCCUUCUGUCGGUCUGUCUGUCCUGUCCCCCUUUCGUUUUCCGGAGAUUUGUUGAGAAAUACAUCCCCACAGACUGCGAGACUGAACCGCCGCUACAAGCCAAAGAUUUUAUUAUGUUCAGAAACCUGUAGUCUGAAAUAAAGU